AUGGCUUACCUUGCAGGAAAUAAUGGAAAUCUGACGGAGGAGCAGGUCCACUGUUCCAUCUGUCUGGACGUGUUCACCAACCCUGUCUCCAUCCCCUGUGGACAUAACUUCUGCCGCUGCUGCAUCCUAGACUACUGGAAGACCACCGCCCUGUUCCAAUGCCCCAUGUGCAAGAAGACCUUCUUCAAGAGGCCCGACAUUAGCAUCAACACUGUCCUGAGGGAGAUUGCAGAGCAAUUCAAGGACAUCAGGGUUAGCAAUGCAGAGCGUCUCCAACAGCAGGAGCUGAAAGAGGAACGUGAGCUACAAAAGAAGAUGGAGGAACAAAGAAAGGAGCAGGAGGAGAAAAAUAUGGAGCAGGAAACUAAGAAGAAAGAACAGCAGGAUCUGGUUCAAAAACAGCAGAAACUUCUUCAGGAGCUGAGGCUGAAUCAAAAGAUGCAGAAGCUACAGCUGCAGCGAACGACCAGCCAGGAACCAGAGAAAUUAAUGGAUUCAAAACCAGAGGAAAGGCCAAAGGCCCCACCAGCCCUUGCUCCGCCCUCUCCACCCCACACUCCCUGGGGCGAGGUUUCUUGUGAUGUCUGCAUGGGUGAUCGCAUGAAGGCUGUCAAGUCCUGCCUGGUGUGUCUGACCUCGUACUGCGAGGAACACAUGAAGAACCACAACACCCGCUUCACUAAGCACAAGCUGAUUGAGCCUGUGGCUAACCUGGAAGAUAGAAUGUGUCCGAAGCACGAGAGGCUCCUGGAGCUCUUCUGUAAGAAGGACCAGAUGUGUGUGUGUGUGCUGUGCACCGAGACGGACCACAGAGCCCACUAUACUGUCCCUGUGGAGAGGGAGUGGUCUGACAAGAAGGCUCAGCUGAAGAAGACAGAGAUUGAUGUACAGCAGAUGAUCCAGGAAAGACUGAAGAAGGUGGAGGAGAUCAAACACUCAGUGGAGCUGAAUAAAUCCAGCGCCCAGAGGGAGAUCGAGGACAGCAAGCAGAUGUUCCAGGAGCUGAUUCACUCCAUCCAGAGGACCCAGACUGAGCUGGUGCUGGCCAUCGAGGAGAAGCAGAGCGAGACAGAGAGGUGGUCCCAGGGCCUCAUAGGGGAUCUGGAGCAGGAGAUCACUGAGCUACAGAGGAGGAAUAAAGACCUGGAACACCUCUCAUGCACAGAAGACCACAUCCACUUCCUACAGAGUUUCCCAGCCCUGUGCAGCCCUCCAGCCACUAAGGACUGGUCUGGGACCAGGGUUCACUCUGAGGUGUGUGUUGGGAUCAUCAGAAGAGCAGUGUCAGAACUGGAAAAAACACUGGCUAAAGAAAUUGAGAAACUGGUGGACACUGAGCUGAAGAGAAUUCCAAAAUACUCAGUCGACCUGACACUUGACCCGGACACAGCCAACCCGUGGCUCCAGCUCUCAGAGGACGGUCGACAGGUACGACACCUCGGGGCGUGGCAGGACCUUCCGGACGUCCCAGAGCGUUUUGACACCGUGGUCAUCGUCCUGGGCUGCGAGGGCUUCAGCACCGGGCGGCACUACUGGGAGGUUCAGGUGGGAGACAAAGAUGACUGGUACCUAGGCGUGGCCAAGGCAUCGGUCAACAGGAAGGGCCGGAUCGCCAUUAGCUCCUCCCAGGGCUACUGGGCGCUGGCCAUGAAGAAAGGUCAGGAGUAUAGGGCCUCCACGACCCCGCCGUUACCGCUGACCCUUGACCCCAAGCCAAAGAGGGUCGGGGUGUACGUGGACUGUGAGGAGGGCCAGGUGUCAUUUUACAAUGUGAGGGAGAGGAGUCAUAUCUAUACGUUCAUGGAGGACAGCUUUAAGGAAAAGUUGUUUCCCUUCUUUUAUUUAUACUGUUGUGAUAAACAGUCGGAUACCAUGGUAAUCUGUCCGGCCAAUGAGAAGACUCAGAUCAAGCAAUGCUGA